AUGCCCACUGUUGAGAAUGAAGCCAAAGUAAAAACUGAAGCCCAUUUUGAGGAAUUGCUUAAGACUCCCAAUAAUCAAAUAUAUGAAAGAAAAAAACUGAAGAAAAACAUUGGCACGUCUGGAGAAAAAAUCUCACUUGACACUGUGAGAAGCAAUCCUCGGAAAAUGAAAGAAAGGAAAAGCGAUGAAGUAAUUGCUGCUAACACUAAUAACACAAAGAAGAGCAUGCGAGUCCUUAAAAACAGACCAAGCAAUCCACAGUCAACAGCUGAAAACCCAGAUGAUGAUGGGAGUGUACAGGAAGACAAGCAAGAACAGGCAAAUAAGAGGACUACAAGAGCAGUGUGCCAGGUGACUGCACAAGAAAUGGAUCAGGAAACUUGUGAGAAGAAGGUGGACUUUCUACAUCAGAAAGUUCAGAUGAGGUUACAACCAGGUUUUGCUUAUCACAGAAGUGAGAAAGCAAAUGAAGAAAAAGGAAAUAAUUUAGAUGAGGAAGAACAACUGAAGCAAGAAUACCAGCUCCAGGUAGCUGAGGAAAUGGCAAAGGAGAUUAAGAAGAAAAUAAGAAAGAAACUCAAAGAACAGUUGGCUGACUUUCCCUCAGAUACUUACUUGCAUGAUGACAAAUUGAGCAGUGAAAAAAAAAGAAAGAAAAAGAAGAAAGCGCCAAUCCUGCCUGAAGCUGAAACAAGGACAUUUCCCUUGGAUGACAAAAUUCAAGGUGAACAAAAGAAGGAAAGUCUAGUUACUUCAGAUAAUCAUCAAGAUGAUGAAAUAACAACUGUGGAACAAAAUGUAGAAAACAGCAUGCAAGAUGAGACAAAAUUCAAACCAAAGAAAAAGAAAAAGAAGCCUAAAGCAGAUGAUAAUGAAGAUACUGAUGGUGAUGACGGUGUUCAUGAAAUAACAAGUCGAGAUAGUCCAGUUUAUCGCAAAUGUUUGUUUGAUGAUGACCUUGUCUUAGGAGUUUACAUUCACCGAACUGAUCGACUUAAGUCAGAUUAUAAGAUUUCUCGCCCCAUGGUAAAAAUUCAUGUGGUUGAUGAGAUUACUGGUCAGUACGUCAAGAAAGAUAAUAGUGAACGGCCUGUUUCAUCUUACUUUGAAAAAGACAAUGUGGAUUAUAUUCUCCCUAUUAUGACCCAGCCAUAUGAUUUUAAACAGUUAAAAUCAAGGCUUCCAGAGUGGGAAGAACAAAUUAUAUUUAAUGAAAACUUUCCAUAUUUGCUUCGAAAUUUUGAUGAAAGCCCUAAAGUCAUCCUGUUCUUUGAGAUUCUUGAUUUCUUAAGCAUGGAUGAAAUUAGGAAUAACUCUGAAAUUCAAAACCAGGAAUGUGGCUUUCGGAAAAUUGCCUGGGCAUUUCUCAAGCUUCUAGGAGCCAAUGGAAAUGUAAACAUCAAUUCAAAACUUCGCUUGCAGCUGUACUAUCCACCUCCUAAGCCUCGACCCCAUGCAAAUGUUGUUGAGGUUUUUGAAUGGUGGUUAAAAUGUCCAAGAAAUCAUUAUCCGUCCACAUUGUAUGUGACUGUAAGAGGACUGAAAGUUCCAGAAUGUGUAAAGCCAUCUUACCGUUCUGUGGUGGCUCUUCAGGAGGAAAAAGGUAAACCAGUGUAUUGUGAGCAGCAGCGUGAGUCAAGCGCAGUAGACACAGAACCUGGACUAGAAGAUUCUAAGGAAGUAGUGAAGUGGAAACGACUGCCUGGGCAGGCUUGCCGUAUCCCAAACAAGCACCUCUUCUCACUAAAUGCAGGAGAACGAGGAUGUUUCUGUCUUUCUUUUUCUCACAAUGGAAGAAUAUUAGCAGCAGCCUGUGCCAGCCGAGAUGGAUAUCCAAUUAUUUUAUAUGAAAUUCCUUCUGGACGUUUCAUGAGAAAAUUGUAUGGCCACCUAAAUAUCAUUUAUGAUCUCUGCUGGACAAAGGAUGAUCACUGUAUCCUUACUGCAUCAUCUGAUGGCACUGCCAGGGUAUGGAAAAAUGAAAUAAACAAUACAAAUACUUUCAAACUUUUACCUCAUCCUUGUUUUGUCUACACGGCUAAGUUCCACCCAGCUGCGAAAGAGCUGGUGGUUACAGGAUGUUACGAUGCUGUGGUACGGAUAUGGAAAGUUGAUAUGAAAGAGGAUCCUGCCAUAUUGAUCCAGCAGUUUGACACUCACAAGAGUUUCAUCAACUCUCUCUGUUUUGAUACUGAAGGUCAUCACAUGUAUUCGGGAGACUGCAUGGGGGUGAUUGUUGUUUGGAAUACCUACAUCAAAGCUAAUGAUUUGCAGCAUUCAGUGCGCCACUGGAGUAUAAAUAAGGAAAUUAAAGAAAGUGAGUUUAAGGGGAUUCCAAUAAAUUAUUUGGAGGUUCAUCCCAAUGGAAAACGUUUGUUAAUCCAUACUAAAGACAGUACAUUGAGAAUUAUGGAUCUUCGAAUAUUAGCAGCAAGGAAAUUUGUAGGAGCAGCAAAUUAUCGGGAGAAGAUUCACAGUACUUUGACACCUUGUGGGACUUUUCUCUUUGCUGGAAGUGAGGAUGGUAUAGUAUAUGUUUGGAACCCAGAAACAGGAGAACAAGUAGCAAUGUAUUCUGACCUGCCAUUCAAAUCACCCAUUCGAGACAUUUCUUAUCAUCCACUUGAAAAUAUGGUUGCAUUUUGUGCAUUUGGGCAGAAUGAGCCAGUUCUUCUGUAUAUUUAUGAUUUCCAUGUUGCCCAGCAGGAGGCUGACAUGUUCAACCACUACAAUGGAACACCUCCAUUCCUCGGAAUAUACCAAAGUCAAGAAGCUUUAUGUUCUAACAUGCCUCAACAAGGCUCUCUUCAGAUUGAGGACUCUGUCCACACAAAAGAUUCUUCCAUGAAGAUGCAGCAAGUGAUACAAAGACUCAAUUCUGUCACAGUCAACAAAAAUCUCUCUUUUACUUCAACAUCAGCCUCCUCACAACAGUCUAAGUUAAAACAGUCAGACUUGCUGGACACUCAGCCUCUGCGUCAGUUUGGUUUCGCUCAGACUGGAAUUAUCAACAUAGAAGGAAUGCCUUGUGACCAUCAUGCAGAUACAGCACCAAUGGUAGUGGCUCUUUAUGACUACACAGCGAAUCGAUCAGAUGAACUAACCAUCCAUCGCGGAGACAUUAUCCGAGUGUUUUUCAAAGAUAAUGAAGACUGGUGGUAUGGCAGCAUAGGAAAGGGACAGGAAGGUUAUUUUCCAGCUAAUCAUGUGGCUAGUGAAACACUGUACCGAGAACUGCCUCCAGAGAUUAAGGAACGAUCCCCUCCUUUAACCACCAAGGAAAACACCAAAAUGGAAAAACCUUCUUUAUCUUCUCAAAAGUCAAUCAACAAGGACAAGUCUCAGGAUUUCAGAUGGGGCUCAGAAUCUAUGACACAUUCUCAAGUGGACAAGGAAAGGAGCCGUGGAUAUGCAGGUGAGGAAGAAUGA